AUGUCGCGCAGAGCUCGUCAGCCUGGAGCAUCCAAAGCCUGGCCUGGCCACCUGACCUUCCGAUGCAUCCCCCGCCUCUCCAUCCCUCCGACGGCUCUCAUCGCCGUUCUCUUUUCUCUCCCUCUUUGCAUCUUCCCCGACCAACACUCCCCUACUGACCCAUCACCCACAGCAAUACUCUCCGACAACAUGGGCGUACUCGACGGUCUUCCCAUCAAGCUCCUCAACAUCGUGGUUUACGCCGUGUCCCUCGGAUCGGAGGUCUACAGCGUCGCCGGUCCUAACGAUGGAUACAACCAGCCUAAUGUGAGUCCCGCCGCCCCAUAG